AUGUCUUUACCACCCGCAGCCCAUGAGAACAUCAAUCCUCGCCCGAAGCUAUCUGUCAUUAGCCACAUCGUCAUGAACGAGGCCAUGGAGUGGCAGGGUGAACUGGCAAACAUGGCGAUGCAGAUGUGGCGACAACAGUGCCUCCACAACUUUGGAGAUGGGUCAAUGUUUGGAUUUGGCAACAUGGCAUGCUCACCUUGGGGGUUGGCUCCAAGUGUGCUUGGUGUUGACAUGGGCAGAGCCAACUGGACACCUCCACCAGUUGCUCAUCCGGCUCCACCCACUGACUAUGUGCCGACAAAUCCGUCUAUGGCCACAAGCUCUAUCCCGGAACAUCGUCGCAUGCAUGUGUUCUCCAAGUCAAAUUUGGGCGUGGCGGUGGUAACCUACAGGUGUAUCCGGGUGCUACGGGGAGAAGUGCAGGAAAUGCUCGCAUUAACAGUUCACGUGAAGAUCAAGUCCGUUCCAUACGAGCGUCAUUGCUACGCUCUCAAUGGUUUGAUGACGCAGGAGUUGGUCGUGCUUCCCCAUUAG